AGAAAAUACCUGAUGGAUCGACCGUACCAUAACGCGUUUGAAUUCAUUGAUGGGGUGCGACAGUGAGGCUUUUAAUCGCUGUAUAAUAGACCUUAAUAGGAUUCAAGAAAAAUGGGAGACUAUGAGAUAACUUCAAUAUUCGCAGUACUGCUGACUUUUUUUCUCAAAAACGUUUUAACUGGUUCCGAACACGUGAUCUCAAACCCGGAACCAGUCACUCUACCAGCAAAGUUCUCCACACUCCUAAGCUGCGAGAUGAGCUCAGAGCCGGAUAGAUUUAUGUGGAAAUUCUACCCCACGGAUGACCCUUACAACCCUAACGCUUACAUCGAUCUCAGUAACAUUUCGUUCAGGGUGGUCCCUGAAAAACAAUACACCAAGCAGAAGAGGAAGUCGGAACUGACGUUACAUUUAGAUGCAUCUGCAUCAGGUGAUUACCAGUGUCUCGCAUUUUAUGGUACAAAGGCCCUAGCUUCAGUACCGUCACGUGUUACCAUGGCUAGACUUGAACCUUUUCCCAAACAGAACUCUUUGGAAGAAACUGUUUCUGUUGGAAACACAGUCACUUGGAGAUGUGCAGUACCCAAAUCCAACCCUGAAGCAUACAUCCAGUACUUCAAAGACGGGCAAUUUCUCAAUCACACGGAUGUAAAGAUGAACAGUUUGAUACUCCCGAACGUCAAAGAAGAGGACACUGGCGUGUAUACUUGUAUUGCUGAUAACGGCAUCACUGAUAGUGUUAAUUCUUCGGCAAAGUUGAAUUUGAGAAUAGUCAGAAAUGGACCUUCGAGGGCGCCAUAUUUCCUUAUAGAGCCGAAAGAUGUUUAUACGAUAUUGAAAGGGAAAACUGUCUUUCUAGAAUGUACCGCAAUAGGCAACCCAGUCCCAAAGGUGAUAUGGACAAAACAAAAAGGACAAUUGCCCAACAAUCGUAUCGAAACACUGAAGGGCGGCCUGAGGAUUCGUGAUGUUUCAUCACAAGAUGAAGGCGUUUAUAUUUGCAACCAUACGAAUGCCUAUGGUACGAUAUCGCAUCGUAUCACCUUGGUGUACAACGAGGAACCCAGGGUGGAUUGUCACAUGAGAGAAACCAGCGUCAAAGUUGGAGAAAAUUUGGAUAUUGAUUGUAGUGUAAGAGGAGUUCCAGAGCCAUAUGUAACAUGGAUCCUCAACGGGUUCUCUGUGAACAAUGACAGUUCGAUAGAGGCCAUAGGUAAUAAGAUUUAUUUUAGACCUGUUGAACGAAGACAUGCAGGCGUUCUUCAACUCUUUGCAAGGAAUAUUGUCAAAACAGUUUUUGGUCAUAUGUCUUUGAAUGUAUUACCGGAGCAAAAUGGUACAAAUACAAAUCCUCACGGUCACCACAGGCAUAGAGGAAAAUCAAAUGUUGCCAGAAAGCACAAUAAAUCGUUGAAAAUUAUUCCUCCUAGUAAACCCACAGUUUCAAGACGAUUAUUUUCCAGGCUUAACGACGAGUCUGUGGUAGUGAGGUGGAGUAUCCCUCAUAACACGGGUAUGGGGGUGCAGUUUUUCAAGGUGCAAUACAGGGAGCUGGGAUCUCACAACUCCCACAACAAAUCCAAAAACGGUAAUUGGCGGACUAUGAAUGCUGAAAUUCCUGCCAAUAUUAGGGACUUUGAUGUCACAGGGUUGAGACCCGAUCACGUCUAUAGGUUCAGGGUAGCUGCAGUGUAUACAAACAACGACCACAAGCUUAGUCCGAAUUCGGAGAAGUUCCACUUGAAAAGACUGGAUUUUGAUCUAAAAAAUCCACUGCCUAUCCCACUGGUGACACAUACCGAGCCUGUUAACACAACUUGCGUGAAAAUACACUGGAAGAUACAUAAGGCAGAAAACGUCAGUAUAGACGGUUUCUACAUCAGUUACAUGCCAGCUACACACGCAGGAGAUUACAUGAAAGUAACUAUAGAGGGCGCUGAUAAGGACGAGUUCGAAUAUUAUUUGAACUACCUUCAGCCAGACACCAUCUAUGAUAUCAAGUUGCAAAGUUAUAACUCGAAGUUUCCCAGCGAUUUUAGUCCUAUCAUGAAAGCCAGAACAAAACCGAAGCCAAAAUCUCCACAAAAGACGACUCAGUCUCCAGUGGUGUCAAGUGCCGCCAGUACAGAAAAGGCUGGACUUAACCUGUAUGUGAUAGUAGCUGGUACAAUCAUUGGUUUCGCGCUGCUAAUAUGCGGAGUAGCCUUAGUUUUCGUGUGCAGAAAAUGGAAGCAGAAAAAGUCAGUUGAUAGCAGACCGAAAUCAGGGGAUGACCACCAUGGUAGUGAGUAUGGUGUGGAUAAGUCGAGUACCAGAUGUAAUGGGACAGUCUCCAAUAAAAUUACUAUAACUCCUAACCCCCUGGCUGAUGCAGACAACAAGACUUAUCUAGCUCGGUUGUUUUCCAGACUCAGAACGUGAUCGAAAUGUCUCGCUUAUCCAGCAGUGGCUCUGCCAGCCACCACCAUCAAAACAACAACCGACAGGCCACGGCGGGCGAGUCCGCCUCUGGCUCUUCAGCUACGGGACCGGACUCGACUUCUUUCAAAGCAAAUAGCGCCACGGUCAGAAGCAUGCAUAAAGACAGAAGCAAUAAAGGGACAAGUAACGAAGCAGACGGCAGUGUUGAAAGCGUGUAGUACAGAUUGUUGAGGCCGAGGUAAACAGGGCGUUCUAAAAGUUUGGAUGUGGUCGAGUUUCGGGAAAAGCAGAAGGAUGCAAGCGCAUUGACGAGACUUCAUUGUUGAUUGAGAUUGAGACAGCCCUAUGUCAAGCAUUGUCUAGUGACAUUUUGGCUCUACACGAAUCGCUUUCCUUCUCUUCAAUGUGCAUACACUUUAAGAUUCCAUUUUGGUGGCAAGAGGUUCGGUACUAUGCCUGCUUUUCACGAAACCGCAUCCUUAUCACGAAAAAUUUGCAACCCAUCCGUUGUCAACAGCAAAGUUCGUUCCAGCUGAAGCGAACUUCAGAGACAUACUGCAAUUGCUGGUACAGAGUAAGAAUUUUGUGAUUGAUAACAACGGCUGAUCUACAGUGUUCUACUUAGAAGAUAACAGCCACGCAAAUAAUUAUUAAAGUCAAGAACAUUAAACUAGGCUCAUAAGAGUAUAUAUAUAUAUAUAUAUAUAUCGCAUUUUGAGGGACGCAUUUCCGCAGUCUCUUUAAAAUAAAAAUAAAUUGAAUCCUGAAAGCUGUAAACCUUUUUUUAUCAUACACAUUUUUGAGCAGGCAAGUUCUAUAACUUUACGAGACUUUCUCACAGCAUUAGAUUCUACUCUUUUACUUCUCCAAAGCAGGAAUCGAAUCACACUUUAGAUGCUCCUUGAUUGUUUUAUUUUCAACAAAUGACAAUACUGCAUUAUUAAAUAAAGAUGCUUUUGGCAAUCUACAGUACUCAGCAAUACUGAUAAUUUUUUUAUCGACAAAAUUGUGAUAUUUUCUUAACAAUCUGUACUAUAAAAAUGUGAUGUUAGGUUAUAAAUUUAACUGCCAGUGAUCCUAUCCUUAAGCUGAAAAGUCUGAUAAUUGGUAUGUCUCGAAUUUUAAAGUUUUUUAUGUACAUCUUGUUUUUAUAUGUAUAUGAUGACUCAAAAAUUCCUAAUUUUAGAAAUUAAUCAAACGUAGGUAGGUUUUAGCUAAUUUAUUGCUUUUGGUACUUAACGUAAAUCAAGCAAAAAUUAGGUAAUACUUAAUUUUAUACAACCAUAUCUGAUUAAAUUGAUUGACAAUGAGUAACUCAAAAGGAGAACUGAUACUUUGUGGCAGCUCAUUAUUGAUUUGAUAUACAUAUUUAUAAGCCCAGUGUCGUAACUAAAAGUGGCGAAGUGCUUUAUGACUACUGAAUGUGUUGAAAAAUUAAGAGUUUUGAAUAUUCGAUUUCAUAGUUCUGAUAUUUGUAAGUGCAGCCCUCCCGCCUUUUUCGACACUGGUAGUGAAUAUCACCUUUAAACCUCCUGUGUUACUAAUUUUCAUUUAUCAGUUUUUAUUCGAAUUAUGAUGUGGUUCUGCUAUUUAUUUUGUAUAUGAAUAUAUUUUGCUUGAUUAUUCCUAAACAUCGAUCAUUAAAAUUGUUUGCCAUUAGUUUGUAGGUAUUUAUUUUAGCAGUAUUAACUUUCAUUGAAUGAUGACAUCACGAUAGAUUAGUUGGCAUAUCAAUCUUAAAGGUGUACGCCCAUUGACAGGAAGCGAAGGGAAGAAAAAACUUCGCUGCUAGGUUCUUUAAUACAUAAUCAAAAGAGACAAGACACUACAGCUGAGAAAGCGUACUUGUUGCGUUUGACGCAUGCAAAUUUCAAAUGUCGCCGUGGGUCGCUACGCCUGAGCGUGCAUCUUUGUGAUGCGAUUUUCGAACUGUAUUUCGAAAAAUAUAUAUACACAAGGUGUCUUAUUUUAAUCUCGCCAGCUAAAUUUUUCCAAAACUGCGCAGUCCAGAAAAUAAGCUUUAAACGAAAGUUGUAGGAUUUUGAGGGAGCAAAAUGAUGACCCUGACAAUGACCUUUAAGGUCAUUUCAAGGUCAAGAGUAUUUUGAAAUGGCAUCCUGCAUUUUUCACAUCGGAAUUAAAAAGAGGAGCAAAUUUUACGUCCAAACAUGUCAUUGUCCAUCGCCUUCAAGGCCAUUUUAAGGUGAAAUGAAGACAUUGGAAACAAUUUGCAUCAAAAAUGCAGUUGUGGGGGUUGUAGGGAUCACCCAAAGGGGACUUCGAGACCAUGGAGUUCAAGAUCAAGUAAAGAUUUCCAAAGGAAACCUCUCAUUUUCAUACUAGAGAUGGAAAAAGAGCAUUUUAAUCAAAGUAUAAUCUUGACGUUAAAUAACAUUUAAGCUUGACUCAACCUUUUGAGUCUUGGGUCAAGCUUACAUUCGGACGUAAAAUUUCCUGCUUUUUCCAUUUCCAGUAUUAAAAUCAGAGGUUUUCUUUGAAUUGAUCUUGAUGCGCACUUUCCGGAAUAUUUGGGCGAGGAAAUUAAUAUGGGACACCGUGUAUAGGUCUAGAAUGGGAAUAUGAAUCGAGUGUUUUCAAUUUGCGAAGCGGUAAUUUUUUACAGUUUGCUUAUUUUCUGUUGGUACCCACUUUUUCAAUUUUUGAUUGUAUUUUAGAAUAUCUUCAAGAUCGACGAUUGUAUUGUUAUAUAUUUAUUAUCAAUUUUUAAUAUAC